AGAGAGCAGCAGGGAGGGAAGGAAGGAGGGAGGAGAGGCAGAGCUCAGCAGGGUGUGUUUUAUGUACCACUGCAGCAUCAGUGCAUGAAAAGACACGAGAAGACACACGACUGAGUGGACGGGAAGACACAACCGAGACAGAAGAAGAAGAAGAGAGAAGAGCGUGGCAAGGGAAGAAGAAGAAGAAGACGGGAUAAAAGACGAGUGGAGGUGGACAGAGGCGUGACACCUGCAGAGUCUGCAGCCGGAGCAGAGGUUUGAGGACCUGACGGAGAGAGGCAGGAUCAGACUUUGGAUUGUGAAAUCAACACACACACACACACAGAACUUAGGACUCAGUUGUUUACUCGUCUCCAGGUCCCUGGAGUGUGUUGUCUGGUCGGGUGCAUAAGGUGGGAGGGUGUGUGUGUGUGUUUUUGUGUGUGUUGAUGAGUGUGUGGGUGUCUUGCGUCACUUUUCAUGGGACAUUGAAAGAUGUGUGUGUCACAGCGUCGGUGGACGGGCUAUAGGGGGCCAUGCUCCCCCGCCCUCCCCCAGAUCCUCCUCCUCCUCCUCCCUCUGUCCUUCCUCUCCUCCACGCCUCCGUUCGCUCAGGGAGCCAUCCAAAUCCCCAAAGACUAUAAAGUGCAUAACAUGUCACAGCCUCCGGUGCUGACCGAGAUGCCGACAUCGUACACAGCCUUUUCUCUAGAGGACAUCAAUCUGCCCUGCGAGGCCUCCGGUAACCCAACACCAACUUUCCGCUGGGUGAAGGACGGGCUUCCGUUCGGUUCGGAGCGCGUGGGAUCCGGAACGUUGCAAGCCGUAGAGGAGGAGCUCCUCGAAAACUACGAAGGCCGCUACCGCUGCUACGCCUCCAACACCCUGGGGACGGCCAUGACACAAACCGUGGAGGUCAUCGUGGAGCCUCAUCCGGUUCUCCCGAAGCAACAAAAAGUUCGUAAGAGAGCUUACGUGGGAGAAAGCAUCAUCCUGUCCUGCAAUCCUCCAAAGAGCUCCACUCCUCCAUACAUCCACUGGAUGGACAGGAGAAUGGUUCACAUCAAGCAGGAUGACAGAGUGACGGUCGGCCUGGACGGGAACUUGUACUUCUCUAAUCUCCUAAGGAUCGACAGCAGGGACGACUACAUCUGCAAUGCCCAGUAUGCAGCAGCCAGGACCAUUCUCCCUGAGAGCGCUGUCAGCCUCACCGUCAUGCCCAUCAAUGAUGUCAGUAAUGGUAGAAAGCCCAGCUUCUUCCUCCCCACUGGCACCCACACCUCAGUGCUGGCCCUCAGGGAGCAAAGCAUCACCCUCGAAUGUCUCCCCAAAGGCCUGCCGACUCCAAAGGUGGAAUGGAAGAAGAAAGACGGCAGCCUGGCGGAUACAAGCGCCCGACAGGAAAACCACGGCCGCUGGCUCUACUUCGACAGCAUCACCCUGGAAGACGACGGAGAGUACGAGUGUCAGGCCUCCAACAACCACGGCUCGACCUCUCACCCCUUCACCGUCACCGUGGAAGCUGCUCCUUACUGGGUGAAGGAGUCUCCAAACCUGCUGUACGCGCUCGGGGAAACCGUGCGACUUGAAUGUCAGGCUGAAGGCAUCCCCAUGCCCACCAUCACCUGGAGCAUCAACGGCCAGGCCAUCACAGAGGUGGAUGACGAUCCUCGUCUGAGUGUUUCCGGCGGCGUGUUGAUCCUCAGAGACGUUGAAUAUGCUGACACGGCGGUCUAUCAGUGCGAGGCCUCCAACAAACACGGCUCCAUCCUCCUGAACACCUGCCUCUAUGUGGCAGAGCUCCCUCCUCAGAUCAUGUCCUCUGAUGGAGUGGUGUACAGAAUCAUUGAGGGCGGGAGCGUCAUGCUGCACUGUGAAUCCUUCGGCUCUCCACGACCACACAUCACAUGGGAGGGGAAGGACGGCCUUCCUCUGCUUUCAGACCCUCGAGUCUCCCUGCUGACCAACGGGUCCAUCGAAAUGUCCGACAUCAGUCACGGUGACAGUGGAGCGUACACCUGCAUGGUCAAGAACACCAACAUCUCCAUCACCGCUCACCUGGAGGUCUACAACCGAACAGUCAUACUGACGAGGCCGCAGCACGUUCGUGUGCUCCGAGGAUCCAGUGCUCUGCUCGACUGCGGCUUCUACAAAGACCCUCAGCUGCUCGACUACCAGGUCGUCUGGAAGAAAGACGGAUACAAACUGCAGGAAUCAUCGCCAGAUGACAAGUACACUGUCUUUGAAAAUGGCACCUUGAAAGUCACCAACGUCCAAUCAGAUGACAACGGGGCUUAUUCCUGUGAGGUCAUCACUUCCCUGGAUCAUGCAAAGGCCGGUGGAUCUAUCACUGUAGUGGCACCGCCGGACCCUCCCAAGGAUCUGUCUUUGUCUGAUGUCCAAGAAGUGACUCUCAGCUGGAUCCCAGGACACUCACACAACAGUCCCAUCAUAGAGUACAUCGUGCAGUUCAGAGAGGAGCAGCACACGGAAGUGGAGAAGUGGAAGUGGGAGGAGUGGAGGAAAGUUCCCGGGGAUUUCAACCACCUGCAGAUGAACCUCGACCCCUACUGCACCUACCGCUUCCGGGUCAUUGCCCUCAAUGAGGUUGGCAGUAGUGAGCCCAGCAGGCCCUCGGAGCACUACAGCACGCCGCCAGCUGUUCCUAGCAGUAACCCCACUGGUGUGCGCAGUGAUUCUGCAGACCCAGGGAUUCUGAUCAUCACAUGGGAUGAGAUGGACAAGCGCUCACAUAAUGGCCAAGGCUUCAUGUACAAGGUGUCAUGGCGGGAGGCUGAUGGGAGGAACAUACACUGGAACUACGCUGACGUACUGUCUCCGCCGUUUGUGGUGAACAACACAGGAACGUACACACCGUUUGAAAUCAAAGUCGAGGCUGUCAACUCACUCGGAGUAGGACCGCCGGCAAACUCUGAGAUCGGACACUCUGGAGAAGACAAACCUGAGAAAGCUCCCACUGGAAUUGCAGUGGAUGUGAUGAACGCCACAAUCAGAGUCAGGUGGAACGAAGCCCAGGAUGUCCGAGGUCUGCUGCUGGGAUACAAGAUCUACAUCAGGAGGUUGGGUCUCCGGGAGUUGCGGAGCCGGAGGUCUCUUGGAAGCCCGCACCAUGACGAGGAGAGGGCGGCGGGAUUAGAGCAAGAGAAGAGACACAAGGAGAGCUGGCAUGUGGUGGUCCAUGGCACCAGGACGUCAGAGGAAGUGACGGGGCUGAAGCUGUUCUCUCGCUAUGAGGUGUCUGUCGCUGCCUUCAACAGCAAAGGGGAGAGCCCCCACUCCCCAUGGCACCACUUCAUCACCCCCGAGGGAGCUCCUGGUCCUCCGGCAUCACUGAGGUUCGAGAGCCCAACAGAGAAAUCACUGAUCCUCUACUGGACCCCUCCAGUUGAAACCAAUGGCAUCCUGGAGGGAUACAUGGUGCAGUACCAAGAGGAGGUGGAGAACAGCCCGGUGCAGAUGGAGUUCAUCAGUGAUCCUAGCGUGAAUUACUUCCUGAUGGACUCUCUGGACCCGAACAGCUAUUACACCUUCAAAGUGAUCGCACGCACCUCGGCUGGAGACGGACCUCCCAUCAAACAGAGGGCCGCCACCCUGCUCGAAGGAGUUCCUCCAUCAAACAUCACCAUCAUUCCCAGUGACACGACGUUCAACUUGAGCUGGGUGACCGGAGAGCGAGACAGGAACCACGGCUUCCGCGUCCGCUACCUCAGGAAGAGGGUGGAGGGAAGAGAUGGGGUUGAUGGAGCCGGAGGUCAGUGGGAGGAGUCAGAGGAGUUAAACUCCACGGCGGGUUUCUAUUCGCUGACAGGCCUCCAACCGGGAACAGAGUACCGCCUCAUGAUCAUCCACGGAAACACCACCUACUGGCAAGACAGUGCAUCGACCGUCGGAACAGUGCCGUCAAAGGUGCACGACGGGUUCGCCGCCCAAGGUUGGUUGAUCGGACUCAUCAGCGCCAUCAUGCUGCUGGUUCUGAUACUGCUCAUCCUCUGUCUCAUCAAACGUAGCAAGGGUGGCAAAUACGCAGUGAAGGACAAAGAAGACAAGGAGGUGGACUCUGAAGCUCGGCCAAUGAAAGAUGAGACGUUUGGAGAGUACAGAUCCCUGGAGAGCGAUGGAGAUGAGAAGCGCUCAGACAGCCAGCCGUCUCUUUGCGGGGAAAGCAAGCUGGGCAGCGACGACUCUCUGGCUGAAUAUGGAGACAGCGUGGACAUCCAGUUCAACGAGGACGGCUCCUUCAUCGGCCAGUACAGCGGCCGCGGACCCGUUCCCCAUGGCAACGAGAGCUCUGGUCCUGCCUCCCCUGUUAACGCAGUCCCGCCUCCUCCCAUCGCUCCUUCCAUGUCGAGCAUCCUGAACCGGCCCAGCUAGACACACACACACACACACACACACACACACACACACACACACACACACACACACCC